AUGUCCUCCGAGCUGGUCAACAGCUCUUCCCCCUCCACAGUCCCCGCCACCCAGCCCAUCACCUCUUCCCCCCUCGCACCCUCCGAUGCGCCAACCAAGCCCUCUCCCAAAUCCUCCACUCACAGCGUGCAAUCUACCCCUCAAUCAGCUGCGUCUCCACCUAUCGACCCUUCUCAGCUGAACCACACCCCCGCGCCCAUCCCUAUCCCUGACGCCUCUGCCGUCGACACCGAAGCCGGUGUCACCUCCCCACCGCUAAGGGCACCCGUAGACCCACUCGACUCGGCGUACCUCGACAACAACCCGGGCGGGGAGCCUUCCUCUCACCCCACGGUGGCGGAGACGGGCAGUCUGGCGCGAAGUCCUAGCAAUGAGGAGGGCGGACCGGGCCCCAAGAGCGGUCAGCUGGCGAGAAAGGAGAGGAAACAGGGAGAAGGGAUCAUCAAGCUGGGCAGCUUCGGAGGAGAGGGGCUUGUGGCGAAGCCUCCGAUGGGAUUGAGGAGGGGGAGUGAUGAUGCGGUGGAGUAG